AUGCCUCGAAAACUACUAAAAUUUUUAAUCGUCUUCGACAAUACGUCGCUCUUAUAUUUUCCUGGUCAAUUCUUAUCAGGAAAAGUUUUAAUGGAGUUGCAAGACGACACUCCAGUACUUGGUUUACAUUUCCAUGUGAUCGGCGAAGGUGUGGUAAGAGUGGGCUCCGGCAGACAUGAGCGAUUGUUUGACAAGGAAAACUAUAUUGACUUCAGAAUGAGACUUUUGGGUGAACCAGGUCAUGGAGCAUCGGUUCUCUCUCCGGGGAUCCAUAGCUUCCCGUUUAAGUUGGGUCUUCCUAUGGGCCUUCCAUCCACAUUCCUCGGUACUCAUGGAUGGGUCCAGUACUAUUGCAAGGCGGCUCUAAGAGAACCGAACGGUCUCACACAUAAAAAUCAGCAAGUCUUUAUAGUCAUGAAUCCUAUUGACCUGAAUUCUGAACCGCCAAUCCUAGCUCAAGAGUUCGAGUUGAACGUGGAGCACAAGUUGGGUGUGGGCUGUGUGGGUGGAGGGGUGGUUCAGUGUCGCGUGGCCUUGGACCGGGGCGCGUACGUGCCCGGGGAGAGCGUCGCCUUAUCAGCUGUCGUUGAUAACAGAUCGAGGACACUCAUCAAGGCUACCCGCGCGGCCUUGACGGAGACGAUCCAGUACGUGGCGCACGGUAAGGUGGCGGCGCGCGAGGUGCGUGAGUUGGCGCGCGUGGUACACGGGCGGGUGCGAGGAGGCCAGGCGCAGCGCUGGCGGGACGUACUGUACGUACCGCCGCUACCACCCACCAACCUAAGGGGAUGUCACCUCAUAUCGGUCCAGUAUGACGUGUUUUUCAUCCUUGAACCGAAGAGUCUCGAAAAGGAAGUGAAGCUCCAACUUCCAGUACUACUGGGUACAUAUCCGUUCAGAGAUGACGACGCUGAGCGCCCUCCUACACACUACCCCACCACGCUGCCCAUCUUCAGACCCUGGCUGGCAGACAAACAGUCACAAUGA